GCAGCAGGUUGUAGUGUAGCUGUAGCAUAACGGUCAGUUUUAUGGCUGGUGAUCCUCAAAUCCAACUUUCUAAACUGGUGUUCAUUUUAAGCUAAUUUCUGAGAGCCUUUGAUGGUGAAGAAAACUGUACUCACUGACACCUUGACUGUCUUCAGUUUCUCUAUAGGAAAGACCUACAUUUUAAGUGUUAUGAUGGUCUGUCUCUCUUCUAUUGUUAAUUGCUUUUCCUCUCCUUUUUUUAUAGCAACACGCUAUUUUCUGCAGUACAAUACUGUUCAAAUAAUGCUCUGGAGGGUUCCACAGUGUGUUCCAACACUACUUUAUGCAGACAGAGGGGGUUGGAAGUAAUCUAGAAAAGUUGGGACACCUGUAGGAUUUGGUAGCACCAACUUUCAAGGCUUGAUCAACCUCCAUUGCUGCAGAACAGCUUUAAGUUGUUAAACCAUUUCUGAUCCCUGAAAAAGGCCUUUUUGUGUAAUUCUGAAAUGUACAUUAUUUUUCAGUUUUGGGUAACCUUACCUUUUUUUUUAACCUCUGGCAGUUCACCACUUACCUUUGUACAAUUUCAAGCUAUUCAUUGGACUUGAACUACUUGAAUUUCAAUGAAAAACUGGAAAAAUUGGGGCGUUUUAAAAGUUUUGACUGGUAAUGUACUUUGAUAAAGGCCCCAGUGAGCCCAGAACAGGGCUGCUGGUCCAGCACUCUGUUUUUAGGUUCUAUUGUCUAAAGGGUCUUUCCCUAAUAGGAAAUCUAAGAACAGCUUAAUCUGGACUUCAGGUAACCCACCUACCUUCUGACUGCCUCCAUAGUUAACAUCUGGGUAGCCCUUUAGCUGAGUUGCCCUUUCAGUCAGUUUUUUCUGUCACUUUCCUCCAAAUGAUCAGGGUAAGUUGCUGCAUUAUGUGUAGAGUUUAGGAUGAAACUCCCAGGAAUAAGUUUAGAAAAAUCUCACACACGCAUUUGCCCAACUUUUUAUUACCAUCAGAUGUUAUAGGUGGCUAAUUAAAAGUCCAAUCUCUUUUUAGUUGCUUUGUUGCUUGUGUUUUUCCAACAACAACAACAGAGGUUUCUGUAGACACACACCUCACACUGUUCCCUUCAUGUUUGACACAGAUGAGACUGUUCCGGUACCAGAACCACGUUCCAUCAGAUAUUACCAACAGAAGCUUCAGUCAAACUUCCAGGACACGUUUAAGGUUACAACAGAGGGGUGGGCAGUAGAUGAGGAGCGUCUGGUUGAUAUCUACACAGAGCUGUACAUCACAGCUGGCCGGGACGUGCACGUCAACACACAGCAUGAGGUCCUACAGAUUGACAAGGUGUGGAAGCCAUCAGACACAGAGACACAGAUCCAACCCAGAGACAUUUUCAAGCAUCCUUCUGGAAAAGACAUACCCAUCAGAACAGUGCUGACCAAUGGGAUCGCAGGGAUUGGAAAAACAUUCCUCGUGCACAAGUUUGUGUUGGACUGGGCCGAAGAAAGAACCAAUCAAGAUGUGCAUCUUAUUUUCCCGUUCACUUUCCGUGCCCUGAAUUCACUGCAGGGAAAAGAGUUUGGUUUGGCAGAGCUCAUUCAUUUCUGUAUCCCUGAAACUAAAGACAUCACAGUGGAGGCUCUGAAUUACAUCUUUACAGCUCUGCAGUCAUCAGGAAACAGCAGCUACAAGAAGAGCAGAUUCAAACUGCUGUUUGUGUUUGAUGGACUGGACGAGAGUCGCCUUCAUCUGGACUUUGAGGUCAACAACAUUCGCUCCCUGGAUGUAACAAAGUCAACUAAAAUAGAAGUCCUACUGAGGGAACUGAUCAGUGGAAACCUGUUACGCUCAGCUCGCCUCUGGAUAACCACACGACCUGCAGCAGCCAAUCAGAUCCCUCAAAACCUUGUGAACACUACAACAGAGGUCAGAGGGUUCACCAACCCACAGAAGGAGGAGUACUUCAGGAAGAGAUUCAAGGAGCAGACCAGCAGCAUCAUCAUCUCCCACAUGAAGACAUCACAAAGCCUCCACAUCAUGUGCCACAUCCCAGUGUUCUGCUGGAUCACUGCUACAGUUCUGGAGGAGCUGCUGGAAACCAGAGAGGGAGGAGAUCUGCCCAGAACCCUGACUGAGAUGUACAUAGAGUUUCUAAGAUUUCAGAUUGAUCACACAAAAGAGAAGUACGGUCCAGAGAAGUGCAUUCAGUACAUUAAGUCAUUAGCUAAACUGGCUUUUGAACAGCUGCAAAAGGGCAACCUGAUCUUCUAUGAGAAAGAUCUGAGAGAAAGUGGCAUCGAUGUGAGUGAAGCCUCAGUGUACUCAGGAGUGUUCACAGAGAUCUUCAAAGCAGAGCGAAGACGGAAACAGGAAGACAAGAUGUUCAGCUUCGUCCAUCUGAGUGUUCAGGAGUUUCUGGCUGCUCUUCAUGUCCAUCUGACCUUCAUCAACUCUGGAAUCAACCUGCUGGAAGAACAACAAACAACCUUCAAGAAGCUGAAAGUAUUUCUGAAGAAACCUGAACUAAAACGUCUCCACCAGAGAGCUGUGGACGAGGCCUUACAGAGUCCAAACGGACACCUGGACUUGUUCCUGCGCUUCCUCCUGGGUCUGUCACUGCCGACCAAUCAGAAUCUCCUACCAGGCCUGCUGACACAGACAACAAGCAGCUCACAGACCAAUCAGAAAACAGUCAAGUACAUCAAGGAGAAGAUCAGUGAGGAUGUGUCUGUAGAGAGAAGCAUCAAUCUGUUCCACUGUCUGAAUGAACUGAAGGAUGUUUCUCUAGUGGAAGAGGUCCAACAGUCCUUGAGAUCAGGACGUCUGUCCACAGAUGAACUGUCUCCUGCUCAGUGGUCAGCUCUGGUCUUCAUCUUACUGUCAUCAGGAGAACUUCUGGAUGUGUUUGACCUGAAGAAAUACUCUGCUUCAGAGGAGGUUCUUCUGAGGCUGCUGCCAGUGGUCAAAGCCUCCAAGAAAGUUGUACUGAGUGGCUGUAAUCUGUCAGAGAGAAGCUGUGGAGCUCUGUCCUCAGUCCUCAGCUCCCAGUCCUCCAGUGUGACAGAGCUGGACCUGACUAACAACAACCUGCAGGAUUCAGGAGUGGAGAGUCUUUCUGCUGGACUGGAGAGUCCACACUGUAAAUUGGAAGCUCUCAGGUCAGGACUCAUCAACCUAACCUGUAAGAACCUGUGAAGUCUUGGUUCCAGGUUCUGUUUUAAAUGUUCAUGUUAUUCAAUGAAUGAACUCAGUGCAGUUCAGCUGGUGGACAGUUGGACUAAAAUACUGGACUUAAUGUAUUACUUCUUUUCUUGUCUUUGUCUCUUCAGACUGAGUAACUGUAAUCUGUCAGAGAGAAGCUGUGGAGCUCUGUCCUCAGUCCUCAGCUCCCAGUCCUCCAGUGUGACAGAGCUGGACCUGACUAACAACAACCUGCAGGAUUCAGGAGUGGAGAGUCUUUCUGCUGGACUGGAGAGUCCACACUGUAAACUGGAAGCUCUCAGGCUGUCAGGCUGUCUGGUCACAGAGGAAGGCUGUGCUUCUCUGGCCUCAGCUCUGAGCUUCAAGACCUCAAAUCUGAGAGAGCUGGACCUGAGCUACAACCAUCCAGGAGACUCAGGAGAGAAGAUGCUGAGAGCUAAAGUGGAGGAUCCAGACUGUAGUCUGGAAACUGUCAGGGUGACGCCUGCUGGAGUCCGAUGGUUGACACCAGGUCUGAGGAAGUAUUCCUGUCAACUCACAGUCGACACAAACACAGUAAACAGAAAACUGAAACUGUCUGACAACAACAGGAAGGUGACAUUUGUGGAGGAGGAUCAGUCGUAUCCUGAUCAUCCAGACAGGUUUAAAUACUGGUGGCAGCUGCUGUGUACAACUGGUCUGACUGGUCGCUGUUACUGGGAGGUGGAGUGGAGAGGAGAGGUUUAUGUAUCAGUGAGUUACAGAAGAAUCAGAAGGAAAGGUAGCAGUAAUGACUGUGAGUUUGGAUCUAAUGAUCAGUCCUGGAGUCUGGAGUGCUCUGAUCUUCAUGGUUACUAUGUCUAUCACAAUAAGAGUCAAACAUCCAUCAGUUCCUCCUCAGUCUCUCACAGAGUUUCAGUUUAUGUGGACGUUCCUGCUGGAACUCUGUCCUUCUACAGAGUCUCCUCUGACUCUCUGAUCCACCUCCACACCUUCAACACCACAUUCACUCAACCUCUCUAUCCUGGAUUUAGGUUCUGGUCCAGGUCUUGUUCCUCAGUGUUUCUGUGCUGAGUUGAGUCUCCAGAGUCUCCUCCUGGUAGAGAAACAGUGUUGAACAGAUAGUUGAGUCUCUCCAUGACUCUGUCCCUCAGAAACAUGUUUCCACAUUCAUGGAUUAAAUGUGUUUCUUUGUGAAAUCCUUCUAAAUGAUUCCUUGUAAAGUGAAUCUACAAACUGCUGACAAACUUUCACACAUUAUUGUCCAGUGAAAAUCAGGUUUUUGUGCAGCCAGACUUGAUCCUGAUUUGAGUGUUUCAGUCCUGUUCUAGUGAUGAAAUGAGAACUUCCUUCAUCUUGUGUGUGAUGGAGAAGAAUAAAGGGCUGUGGCUAAAAA